AGUCAACCUGGGUCCUUGCAUCAGCUUGGGUUCUUCUUAUACUGACUGGCCCAUCAGUCAUUUUACGAGGACCGGAAAUGGCACGACAUGUCACGUUUGCUUCACACAUUCAACUCUCAUCCGCAUCGGCGAAAUUGCUCUGCUCCCCCGAUCACCUUCCCUUUGUCAAAGGCAAAAAGGAAAGCAAGUAGCACAUCAUGAAUGCAUUAAGCUUCCCGUGAAGGUAUGGAAGCUCAAAGUCAAGCCACAAGGCGGUUCUGAGAUUAGAACAAGCUUUCAUCUUGCCCCAAUCCAGAAACUGACAAGGUGGGUUGAGAACGAGUGGUUGAUAAAUACAGCUUCGUCGUACGAUGCUAGGCAGAGCGCGCUGGACAAGCCCAUAUUGUAGUCGCAUGUUAAGGAACAAUUGGCAGCGGUCGACAGAGGCUAGGCUGGCGGGCAUGUUCGCAAUCAGACAGCAACCUCGGCCAGCGGAAGGAACCCGAGCCACGCUAUCUGCGAAUAAUAUUUGAUUAUUCAACGAUGCACAAAGGUCCAAACCAGACAUAUCGACUUACAAUACGCCUCAGUCGGCUGGCUUUUGUUAUGCUGGCGAUCAUGUAUCCUACUUUCGACGGUCAUGCCGUACAAGAGCCAAUAUUCUAGUUUCUAGUUGAAGACCCCGGAAACCUUCGUAAGUCUUACCAAGGUUGAUCGAAGUGGCACAUCUCCGGUACGUUCGGGACAAAGACCGUUUUGUCACACACCACGAUAUGCUUCAAUAUCUUGCAUAUAUCCUAUGCUGGAAUCUGCCCAAUGAUGAACGCUAAACGUAAGCUCUCCUCGGGCGUUGAACGGGAAAUGGCAGCGGCCAGGUUUAAGUACAUAACAGGACGUCUGUGCUUGUUCACAUUCGUUCUUCUCUCCUCCUCGUCUCCUAGUAGACAUGGGGAACUCAGCUUCCACUAUCAAUCCCGAAACCGACCUCCUUGACCUGCAUGGUAAGGUUGCUAUUGUGACUGGCGGAACGUACGUACCUUAUCCAUAUCCCUUCAAUCAGUCGUUAACCUUCUUUAUAUCUAGGGCUGGUAUUGGUUUCUGGAAUGCUGCACAUCUCAGUAAGAGAGGUGCGAAGGUGUACAUUGCGGCUCGUAACGAGAGUAAGGCUACCGGAGCCAUUGCUCGUAUAGAGGCCUGGAAUCCUUCCCCAAAUCGUGGACCCAUUCUCUUUCAUAAACUUGUCCUCGACGACCCGAGGGAUGCUAAGAAGUCUGCAGAAGAAUUCUUGACUCGCGAAUCGAGGCUGGACAUUCUAGUGAACAAUGCAGGUCUCAUGGCUUCACCGUACGAGAAGACAAAGGAUGGUAUUGUGAACACCAUGGUCAUCAAUCAUUUGAGUCCUUUUGUAUUCACAAAAGUGCUGUCUCCGCUUCUCGAGAAAACGGCUCGCGAGCCCGGCAGUGACGUUCGCAUAGUCAACGUGUCAUCCAUGACCCACAGCAUGGUAAAAGACGCGAAAUUCGACUCCCUUCAGGAAUUCAAUAAAACGUACGAAGGCAGCUGGCUUCCUCCUGCCAACAUGAAGCGCUACGCCAUGUCCAAACUCGCGAACAUCUUGUGGACAAAUGAGCUACAACGGAGAUAUGAUGAAAAGGGUGUUCCAAUCACCUGCAUCACAAUCCAUCCUGGAGGUGUCCUGACUGAUUCUGCCCUCGAUCAACUUCGGAAAUUGCCCCUUUCUGGUUUGCUGAUUGCUAUUUCCCGCCUGUUCUCAUACGAACCGGAGGAAGGGUCAUUCACUACGCUAUACGCUGCUGCAUCCCCAGCGGUGCGGCAGAAUCCUGCAGCAUAUCGGGCCAAGUACAUCGCACCAAUCACUAAGGUCGUUGAGCCCAGUACUCAAGCUCGCAACCCGAACUUAGCCAAGACUCUUUGGAACAGUACGGAGAAGAUUUUGAAGGAUGUUUAUGGUUUGGAUGUCUGAACAUGUCGUUAUACCUAUCAUACCCACUCGCUCUCGAGAUGGCAGACUUAGCUGUUCGAUGCUUGCAUUUUUCAAUAUUACACAUACCUUAUGUCUAUGCUAGACACGGAGAAUACAGCUAUGUGCUUACCGCUGCGAGCUCUUGAGUGGUUU